AUGGAUGAUAUGAUUACGGCAAAGGUGGAUGAAGCCUGCUCAACGUUGGAAAGGAACAUCAUUUGCCUUGAAGAUAAAAUCGACACUUUACAGGAAGCGUUACAAAGUUUGACUGAAAGAGGUGUCCAACAAGUUUCAUACAAGGACAAGAAACUGGAAAUAGGAAUUUUGCUAUUGAAACAAGUAGAAGGCUUGUCUGAAACUGACAAGGAAGCUAUGAUGGAGAAUUUAAAUCGUUCUGCCCUUUCUGUUUGUCUUGCUUUCGCUUUCCGGAAUCACAUGGGUAAGUACAGAGGAUGGGGAUCCUCGAAUGGCACUGAGCAAUGGACAAUGCUUAAAUCAAUACAAGAGGAAGUAGUGGAAAUCGAUCCAAGGUUUGGUUUCCUUAAGGAUUGUGCUCGUCUUUGGCCAUGCGAAUUUAUUUUGCAGCCCAAAUGGACACAAAUGUCCAAGAAUUUCCGAACAGAAAGGCAAAUCGCAGAAGCAAAGAAGAUCAUAGAUGAAUAUCAUUAUCAAAUGACAGCUUAA